AUGAACGGAACACACUCGCCCGACAUGAUCAGCCGGUUCCGCGACCUGAAGCUGCUGGAAUCGGGCGAAGGUCCGCGGCCGGAAACAUCGUACGGCGGGGCCGACGCCGCCGGGCACCAUCGGCAGCCCCGUUCGUUCGGCGCUCAGUCCGCCGGCACCAAGUCGCAGUUCAUUCCGGCCAUUUGCAACUUUCAAACGGCCCGGAAGAUGGCCCAGGAAAACCUCGAGCACCAGCCGCUGCCGGAUGCAGUCAUCGAUAUUGCAUUUCGGAAAGCGCAGGCGGCCGGCUUUCCCAACCCGGGCAUGGAGCUGAGCGUCGGCCCGUACGCAACCGGUGUUGGAUGCAAGAACUACAAGGCGGGCCCAACGAAGUGCACCAAAUAUCGGGUGUACCGGCCGAAGACGUGCGGCGUCAUACCGAAGGUACCGAGCGCCCUCGAGACGCCCGAGCGGCCGGACAGUGUGCGGGUGAAGAAGAAGGUUGGAGCGAUGGAUCUGGCCAUCGGGUGGGAGUUCCGCACCAAGCACGAACCGCACGCCCAGACGUACAUGGACGGGUCGAAGCCGUCGGUGGCGCCGCCAAUCUUCGAAGUCGUCGAACCGGCGAAGGAGUUGAAUCUGCCCGCGGUGGUACAUGCCGGCGGGGUGUUUUCCAACACCCUCGGGGAGGAGGAUUUCUUCGACCGCGAUGUCAUCCGUCAGCACAAGCGCUUGGUGCGUCCGACCAGCAACCGGUGCAAGUGUGGCAACAACGGCAACGGAUCGGCCCGGUCGUCCAAGUCUCCCAAUGCCGCUCGCCAGCACCAGCAGCAGCAUCGCAAAGGCAGCAGUGGCCGCGAGCGACGCGACCAGCAGCGGAAACAGCAUCCCGAACACGAAACGAUGGAGAUCAACAACAACAAUCUGCCGGCGGUACGAUCGUCGGCACGCUCGAACGGAUCGCACGGGAAGGAACUGGCCGAGUACCACCAGCACCAGCACCAGCACCAGAAGGACCACCGCCACCUGCCGCCCGGCAGUGCCAACUCGAUGGAACGCCAGCUGCACGAGGCGGCCGUCAAGCAUGCGGAGAAGAUCGAACGCUUUUGCCACAAGUUCGCGCCGGAGGAGUUCCCGUACAACUUCCACCAGGAGUACCGGUGCGCGUUCAAGGCCGGCAUUCCGCAGAGCAACGUGUCCGGUACGCUGAGCAGCUUCGAUACCGGUGGGCCCGCGGGCCAUGCCGCCCGGAAGCCGGCCGACUACAAGAAGCUGCUGCACAUCCCUCCCCGGGAACCGUACACCAAGAAGAACUACGUCAUCGACACGCUGGCACCGCCGUUCGCGUUCUGGAAGAAGGGCUCCGGCUAUCCGGACUACUGGCGGCUGAUCAGCGUGUACCAGCAGGCGUACAACAAGCCGAUGGAGAAGCGGAAAUACCCACUGCUGAAGACGGUCUACCAGUGA